CGUAGUAAACAAAAUAUGCAUGGAGAAGACCGUGCUAUAUAUGAAUGUGACGUGCGGGAUAUAUAGUAGUUUGUGCAUUUUCGUUUGCGUUAUUCAGGUAAGAAUGCCAGACUGGCGGACUAUAGUUCAAUUUAUACCAAAAUUACUUUAAUUCAUCGUAAGACAGUCUACUGAGCAUCAAUAAUGUAAAGAAGUAGCCGUGGAACUAAUUUUAGAAUUGUAUACAGAAGGUUGAAUCUGAUUGGCCAAAAUUUUUAUGUUUAUUCGUAAUCGAAAGGUCGCUCUGACGUGACCCCGAAUGGGAUGUUGUUAGAUGUUUGAGAAGCGGUAGCGGAUUCGGAACAUCUAAUUUUAAUUAGAUUGCAAACCAUGUUUAGUCAUUUUGAUAUGGAAGCAUCCUCAGGUAGUGUAGAUUCAAUUUUGUUCAUAUGAUGACCCCCAGCAAUGUGUACACCAGGUCACGUGAUCCUCACAUCAUUAGUGUUAGCUUGAUGACGCGACCUCUAAAUAUAGAAUGGACCCCCAGGGGUUGGAUGGGGCCCAUUGGGGGAUCGAAAGUUUUACAUAAGAACAUAUAUAGAAAAAAUAUUUCUUCUCAAGUACAGGAAAGCUAUGUUUAGUCAUAUUGAUAUGGAAGCAUCCUCAGGUAGUGUAGAUUCAAGUUCAAAUGAUGACCCCUGGGAUAGGGAGGAGCCACAAUGGAGGAUCAAAUUUUUACAAAGGAAUAUAUGGGAAAAUUUUUUAAAAAUCUUCUCAAGUACAAUAAAGCCAUUUGUUAUAUUGACAUGGAAGCAUCAUCAGGUAGUUUAAAAUUCAAGCCCCCCCCUCCCCCCACCCCAGGUAAUCUUUUCAAUACUGAACUGAUUUGUGCUUUUGCCUAGCCAAUGUGCUCAGGUGAGCGAUGUGGCCCAUGGGCCUCUUAUGUAUUCAUCCUGUGAUAUUUGUAUUGAUCACACUAAUGGGUAUAUAUAUAUACACAACUCUGUAAUAUGUACAAGUGAAAUCUGUAAAACUUCAGAGUAUUAUGUCUUAUUUUGAUCUGAGAACUGAUAAAAUGUAGAAAUGUGGAAUUUUGACACAGAAAAUAACUGUUAUGUACCUUCUCAGCCAGUAUGUAAAUAAUCUUCAGCAACCCAGAAGAUAUAUUAAGCAGACUUUCAUACUGUCUUCCGUGUAUUUUAGUGGCAGCUUUGCUAUCUCAAUAUAAUGUGUGUUUUGUUAACUUUGUUAUUUAUUUUUUAAUACUUAAUUUUUUUCUUUCAUCAUUAUUUUAAAUUUGUCCACUUCCUAAGCUUUGUAAGAACAGUGUCUGGAUUUUGUACAAAAUAAACGAAGUUUGAUAGUGA